CAGCAGGAGCAUAGUCGAGCCUUACCAGCCGUCGUGAACACACCUUUACACCAGCGCCUCUUAAACAACGAGAUCUUAGGACAGCAAUUAUGGCACCUUCGAACAUGGAUUACCACAACGAGUCGGAAGUUAGCGAGAGCUAUACCCACAAGAAGUUCAAAUCCUCAGCCUAUACGCACAAAAAGUUUGGCAAGAAGAGCGGCAAGGAGGUUUCACCAUUACCCAUCGCCACACCUCUUUUCCGACCAUACGCCCUUAGUGAGAAUACUCCAAGGAAACGCCGUCAAGAAACGGAGCGUGAAAUCCAGCAGCACCACCAACAGUUAAACCACCAUUCACUCCCUCCCACUCCCCCUACUACACCACCACAGCAGCAAUAUCCGUUUCCUGCCACCCAAAUUCCUGCCACUCAGCAUCCGGUGGCCCAUUCACCGGUUUUCAAUCACCAGGCCUACGCUUACAUGCUACAGAAGCAGCGGGCAGUGCUCCAGAUUCGCCAACUACUUAAUAUCAACCCGGAUGCCAACACCUGGCCACUUGAAUGGCGCCAAGCUCUCCAAGCGCUGCUACAACAAUAAGCAUAUAAUUGGAGCCAUAUUGAAGAAUUCAAGACAGAGUGAUUUGCCUAGCAACCAGUGAUAUAGACCUUUAAGUAACCGCGGACAAAUUGUACACUAUGAAUGGAAGCGAAACACUAGCUUAAUUGUACAUAACAUUAAUUUUAAACAAAAUAAAUCAUUUUUAAAUCAUA